ACGAUUACGCCCAACAGCCCACUUGAGCAAUUUGCCAUUCUCCCAUUGAUUCCUAUGAAUAUAGGAAACUUGUAUUUCUCAUUCACAAAUCCAUCUUUGUUUAUGCUGCUAACUCUCAGUUUGGUCCUACUUCUGGUUCAUUUUGUUACUAAAAACGGAGGAGGAAACUCAGUACCAAAUGCUUGGCAAUCCCUGGUAGAGCUUAUUUAUGAUUUCGUGCCGAACCUGGUAAACGAGCAAAUAGGUGGUCUUUCCGGAAAUGUUAAACAAAAGUUUUUCCCUCGCAUCUCGGUCACUUUUACUUUUUCGUUAUUUCGUAAUCCCCAGGGUAUGAUACCUUAUAGCUUCACAGUUACAAGUCAUUUUCUCAUUACUUUGGGUCUCUCAUUCUCUAUUUUUAUUGGCAUUACUAUAGUGGGAUUUCAAAGAAAUGGGCUUCAUUUUUUAAGCUUAUCAUUACCCGCAGGAGUCCCACUGCCGUUAGCACCUUUUUUAGUACUCCUUGAGCUAAUUCCUCAUUGUUUUCGCGCAUUAAGCUCAGGAAUACGUUUAUUUGCUAAUAUGAUGGCCGGUCAUAGUUCAGUAAAGAUUUUAAGUGGGUUCGCUUGGACUAUGCUAUGUAUGAAUGAUAUUUUCUUUUUUAUAGGAGAUCCUGGUCCUUUAUUUAUAGUUCUUGCAUUAACCGGUCCGGAAUUAGGUGUAGCUAUAUCACAAGCUCAUGUUUCUACGAUCUCAAUCUGUAUUUACUUGAAUGAUGCUACAAAUCUCCAUCAA